AUGAGCACCUCUGCGGAUGUCAGGGGACAUGCCACUCCGUCGGAACGGGCAGCCCACACAUUGCGUGAUUACUCGUCUUUCGUCACUCAGUCAAGCUUAUGCUGUGUGGAUUUCAAACCUAAGAAAAAUGAAGAAUUACCACUUACUUUUAACACCACCGCACUUUGUGUGGAACAGCAAAAAGUCAUGUUCAAACGCUUGGCUACUUCCGUCGACCGGACAAUGCUCUCAUCUUUGUUCGAUGAUGCUGAGCUCCGUGUAACACGCAUGAAGUUUGAACGCAACCUGACUUCCGAAUUCGGGAAGCGUAAAUAUCCCCAGAAAUAG